AUGGCGGACGGCAAACCCCAGCACCGGUCGCCCCAGCCGGCCUCGACCACCUACGAUGCCAACUCACUCACACACCAGUUCGAACAGUUGAUGCGCACCAAGCGUUUCAACCAGCUUCAGGAAAAUACUCGAUCACGAUCCGCUUCACAGUCACCCGCUCCUUCUGCCAACCAUUCCAUCCCGCCACCCUCGCGAGCACCACCACCACCGCCUCCUUCCAUGGGCGCCGCCAUGCCCGCAGCCACACAACCAUCAUCCCCAUCACCCUCUGCUGCGAUGCGCACUCUUCCAAUCAUCCCAUCUCCACCUCAGGAUCCCGCCUCUUUGAAAUUCUUCAACCUGCUCAAAGGACUUUCGGUCACUCCGACGAAAUACGAGAACCCCGGUCUCCUCGACGAGGCCUUGUGUGUCAUCCCACUUGAUCGCCUUUACUCCGAAGCCGAGGAUGAGUUCCAAAUCAUCCAGGCCCAAGCUGCCAGCGUGGGCGGCAAGCCCGAAUGGGGAUACCAAGAUUGUGUUAUCAAGGCAUUGCUAAGGUGCGCCACAUAUCAAUCCAGGCCCUCAUCGACCGCACCUAUACUGACUUUCAUCCCUUGUUUUACAGAUGGUUUAAGCGAUCUUUCUUCAAAUUCGUCAACAACCCCCCCGUGCACGCAAUGCUGCAUGCCCACCAUCGCCCAGGGCAUGACUCCCCCUUCCCCCGAUGAGACCGCCCGUGGCGCCACCCGCGUAGAACUCUACCGUUGUUCCGAGCCCCGAUGCGGCGCCUACGAGCGAUUCCCCCGUUAUUCCGACGUCUGGCAACUUCUUCAGACUCGCCGUGGCCGAGCAGGCGAGUGGGCCAACUGCUUCAGCAUGUUCUGCCGCGCUGUCGGUGCCCGUGUUCGUUGGGUCUGGAAUGCAGAGGACCACGUCUGGACUGAGGUUUACUCUGAGCACCAACGACGAUGGGUGCAUGUGGAUGCAUGCGAGGAGGCCUUCGAUAACCCCCGUCUUUAUGCCGAAGGAUGGCGCCGAAAGAUCUCUUACUGUGUCGCCUUCGGGAUUGAUGGCGCCACCGACGUGACCCGUCGCUACGUUCGCAACUUCAACAAGCACGGUGAGCCCCGUCAACGUGCUUCAGAGGAGGUGGUUCUGUGGUCCAUUCACGAAAUCCGACGCAAACGCCGUGAAAAUAUGUCCAAGACCGACCAGGCCCGCCUAGUUAAGGAGGAUGAGCGUGAAGAACGAGAGCUGCGAGGCUACACUGCCUCCGCCCUCGCGGCUGAGAUUAACAACAUCUUGCCGCGCAGCCUUGUUGGCCGCCCCGAUGCCCAGAAGCACGCCGAUGCUAUUCAGGAGGCCCAGAGCGAGUGGCUCAGCGCUCGAGGACAUGGUCACUCCGGACCCGACCGGUCGCGCGAUGGACGUUAA